AUGGCCAUUAGGACAUUCAGGUCAGAUAUAUCUAAACUUCAGUUGCAUAGAUUCAUCAAUAUGGCUACUUCUCAACAGGAAAAAGCACCCAGUUCUAAGCUUCAAUUCACUUUGAAGACCCCAAAAGGUACCAAGGACUGGUACGACAAGGACAUGGUCAUUAGAGAAGAAAUCUUCUCCAAACUGUCCAAAACGUUUAAGCGUCAUGGUGGUACCACCCUAGACACCCCUGUUUUUGAACUGCGAGAAAUUUUGGCCGGGAAAUAUGGCGAGGACUCUAAGUUGAUCUACAAUCUUCAGGAUCAGGGUGGGGAACUAUGCUCUUUGCGUUACGAUUUAACGGUUCCCUUUGCCAGAUUUGUAGCUAUGAACAACAUCCAAAACAUCAAAAGAUACCACAUUGCCAAGGUCUACAGAAGAGAUCAACCAGCCAUGACGAAGGGACGCAUGAGGGAGUUUUACCAGUGCGAUUUUGACAUUGCGGGCAAUUACGAAAGCAUGAUCCCAGAUGCCGAGUGCUUGGCUAUCAUGGUCGAAGGUUUUGCAAGCUUGGGUAUCAAAGAUUAUAAAGUCAAGCUAAAUCACAGAAAGAUUCUAGACGGUAUUUUCCAGGUCGCUGGUGUCAAAGACGAAGACGUCCGUAAAAUCUCUUCGGCUGUCGACAAACUUGACAAGACUCCUUGGGAAACGGUGAAGCACGAAAUUGUGGUGGAAAAGGGCCAAACAGAAGCUACAGCUGACAAAAUUGGUGAGUAUGUCAAACUAAACGGUACUCUUCAAGAAAUUCACGCCUUUCUUUCUAAAGACGCUGCCAUUACCUCUAAUGAAAGGGCAAAGCAAGGUUUGGACGAAUUGGCUACCUUCACAAAGUACGUCGAGGCUAUGGAGAUCGAUUCCUACAUUUCUUUCGAUUUGUCCUUAGCCAGAGGUUUGGAUUACUACACAGGUAUCAUCUUCGAGGCCGUUACCAAGGGUUCGGCUCCUCCCAAAAAUGCCGAAGAACUCAAAAAGAAGGCCAAAAAUGCAGAGGACGCGUCGGAAUACGUUGGUGUGGGCUCGAUCGCCGGAGGCGGUCGCUAUGAUAAUCUUGUAAACAUGUUUGCGGAAGCUACAGGUAAGAAGGCGGUUCAAAUCCCUUGUGUCGGCUUUUCGUUUGGUAUCGAGAGAAUUUUCUCUCUCAUUAAGCAAAGGGCUGAACAAGCUGCUGCUAUCAGACCCACUGCCACAAAGGUGUACGUCAUGGCCUUUGGUGGAGGCAAAGACUGGACUGGUUACUUACCGGAGAGAAUGAAGGUUGCCAAACAACUUUGGACUGCAGGUAUUGAAACCGAGUUCGUUUACAAAGCCAAGGCCAACCCUAGAAAGCAAUUUGAUGCCGCCGAUAAAUGCGGGUGUCCCUUGGCUGUUAUCCUUGGCAAAGAAGAAUAUCUCGAAAAUAAACUGAGAGUCAAGAAGCUGGGGCCAGAAUUUGCCAACGAUGAUGGCGAACUAAUCGAUGCAGCAGAUUUGAUUAAGGUAGUAAAUGAGAAAUUGGCCGAAGUCUACACAGAUGGAACUGAUGAGAUAACCAAGUUGUUCCAAGGUUUGUGA